UAUCUCUUGUUGAACUUUAUACUAUUCUCUCAACCGACAGUGUGUACACCAAGGCAUUUAAAAUGUUAUUGUGUGGAAUAUUCAUAAUUUGUAUAAUUCCACUUGCUUCUUCAAACCAAACUAGCUUCUCUCUACAGGAUGUUGUGGCAAAAUUUGCUGGUUGGGAAGAAAGACUUCUGAAACAAGAAAAAUGGAUAAAGAAACAGGAUAUAAUUAUAAAAAAACAAAACAUGAAGAUAAACUUUCUUGAAAAACAAAUCGCUAAUCACAGUACGGCUAUACGUGAUUGCAGAUCUGGGCAAGGUUUAGUCACUCAAAGAAAUGAAGUUUCAGAAAAUCAUGAUCAUUCACGGAAUGUAAAAAAAUCGAUAGAUGGCAGCAUUGCAUUCUCAGCUUUCAUGAACCACGAUGCGGAUUUUGGUGCUGGACAAACCAUCAAAUUCAACCAGAUAAUUACAAACGAAGGAAAUGGAUACAACAUGCAUACAGGCGUUUUUACCUGUUCUGAAGCUGGAAUGUAUCUGUUCAUGUUCUUCAUAGGAGAGAGGGGAGAGAAAGAAGGCAUUACACAAAUGUAUGCAGAUUUAAAGGUAAAUAGCCAAAACGUUAUGGACGCUGUAGCAGAGACUAGGCAUAGUGCUGAAGAUGCUCAAGGCGGAAAUUCUGUGGUUAUAAGGUUAAAGCAGGGUGACGCAGUAUGGAUCAGUAAUAGAUACAAUGGUUUUCACAUUGAGGGUGAUGCUUCACGUAUUUCUUCGUUUACUGGACUUUUCUUAUACCCUUGAAAUAAAAUGGAAAGUUAGUUUGCAUUCUAAUGUUUAAUUAUAAUUAAAUUAAUACAAAGAUA